CGGGGGGCGGAGCGCGGCGCCGGCGGGGACCGGCUCGUCUCGGCGGCCGCUCCUCCUCGAGGUCGGGGCCGCUUGAGGCGCCGUCGCGCCGACGUCGGGGACGCCCGAAAGGCGGCUGCGGGCUCCGAGGCGACAUGAGUGCGGCCGGGCUGCUGGCUCCGGCGCCGGCCCCGGCUGGAGCGCCGCCCGCCGCGGAUUUCUACCCCGAGGAGGACGAGGAGCUGGAGAGCGCCGAGGACGACGAGCGCAGUUGCCGGGGCCGCGACUCGGACGAGGAUACGGAGGAUGCCAGUGAGACUGACCUGGCAAAGCAUGAUGAAGAAGACUAUGUGGAGAUGAAGGAACAGAUGUAUCAGGACAAACUGGCUUCUCUCAAGAGGCAGCUGCAACAGCUGCAGGAAGGUACAUUGCAGGAAUAUCAGAAGAGGAUGAAAAAGCUGGACCAGCAGUACAAAGAAAGGAUCCGGAAUGCAGAGCUCUUCCUUCAGCUGGAGACUGAACAAGUGGAAAGGAACUACAUCAAAGAGAAGAAGGCAGCAGUGAAGGAAUUUGAGGACAAGAAGGUGGAGCUGAAAGAGAACCUGAUUGCAGAGCUGGAAGAAAAGAAGAAAAUGAUCGAGAAUGAGAAGCUCACAAUGGAGCUAACUGGAGACUCUAUGGAGGUGAAGCCCAUCAUGACCAGAAAGUUGCGGAGACGGCCGAAUGAUCCGGUCCCCAUCCCAGACAAGAGGAGAAAACCUGCUCCUGCUCAGCUAAACUACUUGUUAACAGAUGAGCAGAUUAUGGAGGAUCUGAGGACAUUAAAUAAGCUUAAGUCACCCAAGAGACCAGCAUCCCCAUCCUCCCCAGAACACCUGCCUGCCACGCCCACAGAGUCCCCAGCCCAGAGAUUUGAGGCUCGGAUAGAAGAUGGCAAACUAUAUUAUGAUAAGAGAUGGUACCACAAGAGCCAAGCCAUCUAUUUGGAGUCAAAGGACAACCAGAAACUGAGCUGUGUGAUUAGCUCCGUUGGAGCCAAUGAGAUCUGGGUGAGGAAGACCAGUGACAGCACCAAGAUGAGGAUCUACCUGGGCCAGCUUCAGCGCGGGCUCUUUGUGAUCCGCCGGCGAAAAUUCUUAACUUACUGUGAAUAGCUACUUCCUUGGAAUGGAGAACACUUGCAGAUUCUGCAAGGCACGUUUGUGGCUGGCCACUUCUGUCCCUGUCACUCUUUCCUGCCUCGACCUCUUCCAGACAUCAAGCACCAUGAGACCCUUACUGGGGGUUUGAUUUACCUGUUUUUUAUUUCUUUAUUUUGUGUUUAUGCUUUGUCUUUUUGUUCAAAUCUCCUUGAGGUUGAAGGGAGAGUUGUUUAUAUUACCCUUAAGUCUUUCUACCAUGAAGACAAGGAGGAAAGAAUCCACCGUACAACACAUUUCCCUGUUUGCAUCUGAUGAGUGGAUCAUGAACCUCCUUCCCUUGUUGAGCCCAACUCUGUGUGGCCCCAGAAGUCUGGGGCAGAGGACUAAGCAGAAGGAGAUUGGUUCUCCUGGCUCUCAGCCUUCACAGAUAGCUCGCACAUGCCAUAUAUUCCACUGGCUGCGUGGAGACUGUGCAUCAAAGUAAUUGGGUCUGGGGAGGUGACAUUUUGUAUCCCUAACGUUGUGAAGUUACCAUAUGUUAAGUGUUAUUUAAUGCACACGAUAUAUUCAAACAGGUUUGCUCUUCCUCAGGCUAGAACAAGAGACAGUAAUUUCCAGUUUUCAUUUGUAAUUCUCUCCUGUCCCCAGUUCCCAGGUAGCUAGAAAUGGUGCAUACUCCAGAGUGUCUAGGCACACUCACUGGGGAGGGGGGGGGUGGGGGCGAGGCUGGUAGUGCAGUAGGUGGGGAUCUGUAGACGCCUUUGUAAGUCAGGGUUAACUGGUGCUGAUGCCAUGACUGUAUGUCCCUCUGUGAACACGGUUCACUGGGUGUCGGGGCUCUGCACAUGACAAGAUGCAGCUAGAGGAUAAAGAAUUUGGGCUUCACACAGCUGUUGGUACCUCUCUGGGCAUGUUAGGACGUAGGUGUAAGCAAUCUCUUGGUCAGGCUCUUGGAUGCUGUUCAUGUUGUAUUUAGAUGGACAUAGCUUACAGCAAGUUGGUAGCUGUGGUGACAAGUGAAUGAAUCGCUGUCUCCUAAGUUCUGGCUUCCGUGGAGAGUAAAGACUUGUACAGAUACAUUUCUGUUCCAAUUUAUGCUUUCAUUUUCUCCUUGGUGUUGGCAUCUUAUGCUGCUUGUCAGACGUUGUCUAAGGGUUUGCUCUGUUUCUUCUCUGUCCCUCACCUAUUGUUGCUGUUUACCAAAAUGCACCAUGACCAUGGUAGACUGAGGCUCCUCCCCUCUUGAUUGUCCUUGGUGACCCAGGCUGCGAGGGAGGACACGGACGUCUCUUGCCACUGGUAUAUAUAAUGUUGUAUGCCAGGGUGCUGCUGUGGAAACUUAGUGAAAUACAUCUAGUUGUUUUGCUGUCGGAGGUUUUGAGAGAAAUUUCAACAGAUCACCUCCCUUAUCUUCCCACACAGUACAUUAAAGUGUGUUGUGGCUAGGGUCCCAUCCACGGCCCCAGGGCCUGUGGUGAGGCAGGGGCAUGUUGCCUUCUGUUCCUGCCUAGCUUUGUGUUUUGGUGAGGUCACUGUUGGCUUGAAGACCAGGGUUUAGCCACCACUACCUUCUCAGUGUCCUCAGAAGCCUCAGUAGUGACCCAGUAAGCGGAGGGGAAAUGUGGACUCAGGACAAAACACAGUAAAUUCUCUCCCAGUCCCAGAAGGUUUCAUUUCUAUCCAAUCUCCUGGAGGUGAGAAGUUAGCAGCUGAGAGGAAAGACCUCUGAGUGCAUGAAGGUUGUCUGUGAGGGACAGCACACGGCUAGAGGGAAAGUAGACUCCUGCAGGGGAGGAGGCUGCCUGCAGCCUAAGGGACUCUUCUCACCUAUCUAGGUGAGAACCUUGGCAGGAGGCCCUUGCAUCAGGUGAAGCCCCAGAUUGAACUGUGUCAGGCAGGUGAUCUUUGAAAAAGUCAGUGUGGACAGGUCUGAUCAAGAACCUACUGGUUGGUUGAUGUGGCUGGAAUCCCAGCUACUCCAGAGUUGGAGGGCAGUGGGAUUGAAUGUCAAAUCCAGCCUGGGUCAAAGUUAAACUCUAAGUCAAUAAAGCUGUGAGUAAUAGCAUUUCCCUGUCACCCUAGCAGCAGGCAUACGUAAUAGAAUCACUGUUCAGGCUGGCCUGGGCAAGAAUGUUAAGACCCUAGUUAAAGAAAUAAUAAAG